AUCCCACAUAAUAUUUGGUGGUCUGGCAACACCGAAUACAAACGUCACAUUUCAGCUGUCAGUCAGUCGUUCCGAAAAUGGCUGCAAUUGUGCGAUUUAAUUUGUUAACAAAGCCGCAUAUUGGCGCGGUUCUGCCGGCCACCCUGCAGCUGCAGCGGUUCCAAGGCACCCAGGCCCCGCCUCCAGGGACUCCUCCGCCCCAAACGAAGACCAAGUUCGGUCCCCUGGCGGACGAGGAUCGCAUCUUCACCAACCUUUAUGGGCGACACGACUGGAGGCUGAAGGGGGCUUUAAAGCGUGGCGAUUGGUAUAAAACUAAGGAGAUUGUGUUGAAGGGUCCGGACUGGAUCGUCAACGAGAUUAAGACGUCCGGUCUGCGCGGUCGUGGAGGCGCUGGCUUUCCCAGUGGCAUGAAGUGGUCCUUCAUGAACAAGCCCGGCGACGGCCGCCCAAAGUACUUGGUGGUGAAUGCCGAUGAAGGAGAACCCGGCACCUGCAAAGAUCGCGAGAUCAUGCGCCACGAUCCACACAAGCUAGUGGAGGGAUGUCUGAUUGCUGGUCGGGCAAUGGGUGCCCAGGCUGCCUACAUCUACAUUCGCGGCGAGUUCUACAACGAAGCUUCAAACAUGCAACUGGCUAUUGCCGAGGCCUACCAGGCUGGUCUGAUUGGAAAGAACGCCUGCGGAACAGGCUACGACUUCGACGUCUUCAUGCACCGAGGUGCUGGAGCUUACAUUUGCGGCGAGGAGACCGCUUUGAUCGAGUCGCUAGAAGGAAAGCAGGGAAAGCCGCGCUUGAAGCCGCCAUUCCCCGCCGACGUUGGCGUCUUUGGCUGUCCGACCACAGUUACAAAUGUAGAGACGGUUGCUGUGGCACCGAGCAUUUGCCGCCGUGGUGGCCCAUGGUUCGCCAGCUUCGGUCGCACCCGUAACUCGGGAACCAAGCUUUUUAACAUUUCGGGCCACGUAAACAGGCCCUGCACUGUGGAGGAGGAAAUGUCAAUCCCACUUAAGGAACUGAUUGAGCGCCAUUGCGGAGGCGUCACUGGUGGAUGGGACAAUCUAUUGGGCGUCAUUCCUGGCGGCUCUUCCACCCCUAUCAUACCUAAAAAUGUCUGCGACGAUGUAAUUAUGGAUUUUGAUGGCUUAAUCGCCGCUCAAACAUCGCUCGGUACUGCGGCUAUCAUCGUUAUGGACAAGUCUACGGAUGUGAUUAAGGCUAUUGCCAGGCUAAUAUCUUUCUAUAAGCAUGAGAGCUGCGGGCAGUGCACGCCCUGCAGAGAGGGAAUCGGCUGGAUGAACAAGAUCAUGACGCGAUUCGUUAAGGGUGACGCGCAACCCGCUGAGAUCGAUAUGCUGUGGGAGAUAUCCAAACAAAUUGAGGGACAUACCAUAUGCGCGCUUGGUGACGGUGCCGCCUGGCCAGUCCAGGGCCUUAUCCGUCAUUUCCGCCCCGAAAUCGAGAAACGUAUGCAACUGCAUGCAAAGCGCGCUAGCAAUUAACAUACAAACUGUUAGCUAAUUUUAUUGAUUUCAUUAACUGGAGCGCGUAUUGAUGCAUAUAAAAUAUAUAGUUCUCUAAACAUU